UGCGCAAUGUUUUUAAUGUUAAUAAUAGUAGAUUACUAUUAACCUUUUCUCAAAAUACUUUUAGUUCUUCAUUUAUAUCUAAACCAUGUACUUGUAUAAUAAUAACUCAUAAUAUUUUUUGGCGACAUAGUACACUUAAUGCACUUCGAAGAAUAGCUGAAAAAGAAGAAAGAAUGAAAAAAAAAAUGAAAAAGGUUGUUCAAAAUACGGUAGAAAAGAAUAAGGUUAAUAAACAAAAGGUUGAGAAAUCCGGAUUAAAAAUUUCUAAAUUGAAAGUAAUAUUUAAUAACAAAGAUAUGUCGAUUAAGAAAAUAGAAAGCGAGAAGCAUAAAGCAGAGCUUUGUAAAAUUGAAGAAAAGAAACAAGUUAAAUAUAAACGAGAUUUAAUUAGGCAGAUUCGAUUACAUCAAACUUCAAGAUUAAACAAAAAAACUUUUUUACUUCAAAUGAUUAAUAGAAAAUGUAAUCCUAAUUUAUCUUUAACAAAUACUCCUUUAACUCGAAAAAAAAAAAUAAAUCCAGAAGAGAUAUCAUCAUCUUUGUUAUCUAAUGAUAAUAAAACUAUAAAUUAUGAUCCAAAUUGGCGUGAAAAUGAAAAUCUUCCUGGAUGGUUAAGACAUAGAUUUGCUAUGAAAGAAAGAAUAGGAUUUAAAUAUUGGAAACCACACAAAAAAGUUAAUAGGGAAGUUAUGGAUAAAAUUCGUUGGUUACAUAACCAGUUACCGGAAGAAUAUAAUGCUGAAAAACUCUCAAAACAUUUUAAAAUUUCACCAGAAUCUAUUCGUAGAAUUAUAAAGUCAAAAUUUAUUCCAAAAUCUAAAAUUUUAGAACGUCAAGAACGAAAGUACAGAGAAAAAUUAAUUAAAUUUAAGGAAGAACAAAAGAAUCGGAGGAAAGCUAAAGCUCCACAACAAAAGAAUCAGCAAUAAGAAAUUUUAAAUUUUUAUUAUAUAAAUUCAAUGAAAUUUAACGACAUUAAUUUGUAAAUAGUAAAAUUCAUAAUUUAUUGAAUAAUAAAACAAUUAAUCAAAAGAAUUUCUUUGCAAAAUCAGUCAAUUUACUACUAUGACUACUUUUUUCCUCAGUUUUACUUUCAGUUUUACUUUCCGUUUUACUUUCCGUUUUACUUUCAGUCUUUUUUUCACUUUUUUCACUCUUUGCUAACAUUUUUAUAGCCGAUUUUGCCGCUUGUUCCAUAACUUUCUCUUUUUUUACCGGCAGCAACUUCAC